AGCUGAGCGAGAUGGCGGACGCCGGCGCACAGACGGAGAGGAAGGAGGAGGAGGAGGAAGACGACGUCGUCUGUCUGGAUCCGUCCUUCUUCAUGAAUCGCGAAUACGAGAUGACGACCUUCACCUACGGCUCCCAAGUGCUCCACCUCCUCUGCUCCAGCUCCGCCUCCACUGAUUAUGACCUUACUGGACAGUUAGUAUGGCCAGGUGCUGUUCUGAUGAACACAUACCUAUCGGAACACCCUGAGACUGUGAAGGGACGUUCAAUAAUUGAGUUGGGAUCUGGGAUUGGCAUUACUGGGAUAUUGUGCAGCCGUUUCUGUAAAGAGGUGGUAUUGACUGAUCACAAUGAUGAAGUUUUAGAGAUUAUAAAGAAAAAUAUAAAGUUGCAGUCAUCUUCUGAAAAUGCUGAAGCAGUGCUGACGGCUGAGAAGCUGGAGUGGGGAAAUAAUGAUCAUAUAAGCAAUAUCAUGAAGGAACAUCCUGUUGGGUUUGACCUCAUUGUUGGAGCUGAUAUCUGCUUCCAGCAAUCUAGCAUUCCAUGUCUCUUUGAUACUGUAGAGAAGUUUCUUCGUAUGCAGGGCGGUAAAUGUAGAUUCAUACUGGCUUAUGUAUCACGAGCUAAAGUCAUGGACGCACUAGUACUGAAGGAAGCUGAAAAACGUGGAAUGCUUGUUGAAGAAGUGGACGGGACAAGAACCACCAUCUCACAUCUUCAAGGCGUCAUAUUCAGCAUCAUCCUCAGAUGACUUGCUUCUGAUGAAAUGCCUGGGCGACCAUUAGCGACGAGCAAUAUGUUGAACCUGCUAUCGGGAAAGCAAAAAAUGUUCAUUUCCAGAGGAAAGAAACAAUACCACACUGCCACAUUAACAUCAUUCCUGACGUUGCUUCAGUUCCUUAGCUGGAUGAAUGUAAAAUUUUAAAUUAUGACAGACCCGAAUCGGUCACGAGCAUCGUCGAUGUUACGGGUACCAGUGAGAUGACCAGGCACUGAAAGUCCUUGGGGGAAUCAACGAAGGAAGCGCUGGCUGGCAGAAGCAGUGGCAUCAUGUAAGAUUGAGAUGCUCCCAGCCUGAAAAGUCCCUGAGUCACCAUGAGCUCGUGCUUGGUGUACCUAGGUAAACAUCAAAACCACACUGGAAAUCUUCGUCAUCCUGUAUGUUGUUCCUCCAGUGCUGCCAAUGCCAAUGCAUGCGAUAUGGAUCCAA